UCCUCAUGUUUUGGGACAAUUAGUAGUCCUUAUUCUUGCGUGCUCCAGUUUGCGACGUACCGUCGCAGGCGGCAAAGAGUCGCAAUCAUCCGCGCUUGAAAUCCGUUACUUGCGCUUCUUGCGUCUGAUUGGCGUCUGAUUGACUGACUGAGACGUGCUAGUCACAGGAUCUUCCGCCAUGGCUCUGGCCGCCGCACCUUCCGCUGCAUGGCGGCUCGCCGUCUCCAGCGCGCUCAGCUCGGGAGCUAACGACGGAUCGAGCGUUGAGAGCCUGACCUGGCCUGCCAGUGAAGUCUCGUUAGCCGCUCCGCGAAGCUUCUCCGCCACUCCCCGCGGGUCCCGCCUCGUUGCGCGCGCCAAGUUCCAGGGCUUCCGCCAGCCGGUGACGGACGCGCAGGAGGCGGACGGCGCAGCCGUUGCGCCGGCGAGCGCGGAAGAGAACGGCGCAGCAGUUGCUGCUGCUGCAGCAGCAGCAGAGGGAGCCGUAGAGGGGACGAACGACGGACGCGAUGACGACGUGCUCCCGACGGACCUGGACGACGCUGUCCGCCAGGCGGCGCAAUCCGCGGCGUACUUCUGCAACGGAGGCGGCACGCGCGCCAUUGUGGAGCUGCUCGUGCCGGAUCUGGAGAUCAAGUCGGACGAGGGCGCGCAGCAGCUGCUGUGGGACACCAGCCGCACCUUCCUGGACUCGCUCAAGGGACACCUCGACUUUGAGAACGUCCGAGCGAUCUUCCCUGAUGCCGGCUCAGCAGCUCUGCUGAAGAACCAGUGGCCCGACGCGCCGUUUGCCUUCUCCAGCCUGAUGGAUCGUAAACCAGUCCAAGACCAGGAUGACGUGGUGGUGCUGAUCACGCCCGAGUACCAGCAGCUGAGCGUGGUGGAGGGCAUCGGCGGCAUGCUGGCCACGGAGGACGGCUUGACCCGCCCGCUCAUCAUGUGGAACCCGCGCCUCGUCAGCGGCGAUGUGGGCGUGGGGUUGAAUGUGCGGCGGUUGCGGGAGCGGUUUCUGUCGACAUUCACCACUGCCUUCUGCCUCCGGCCACUGCCUGUGGGAGCCAUCUACAGGCGCUACCCCAACCCGUGGCAGUUGUAUCUUGACGACCCCAAGGAGCCUGGGCGAUACAUUAUGUUGCGACAACAAGGGUCAAAACCCAACAUUGAUGAUAUUGAGGAUAUGUACAUGGCAGCAUCAGGAGAGGGUGAGCCUGGAGCACAAGAGCCAUCGUUUAUUGAGCAGGCUUUUGGAGUUUUCUCAUCAUUCAACCGCUUCAUGCAAUCUCUCUCGAAGUGAUAACGGAAUAUUCAGUCAAGGUGUUGCAACUUGUUGGCAGCUCUAGCCCUUAUGAUAGUGUAUAGAAUAUUGUACAAUGCCUUUUAUCUUCUGUAUCACACGGCGUGUUUUUUCACUAUUUUUUGGGCUGACGAUUUCACGUAAAUGGCGUGUAUC